AUGACCUACAGCUCUGCUUGUGCUCCUUGGCGCAACGAAUCCCUCCGAUUCGACCCUGUCCAAGAUGCUCAAACAGGCGGCAGUCACGUUGUCGAGGAACUAUUGAGAGCUAAUCCAGACCUCAAACUCUAUACCCGCCUCUCUCCUCGCUACGAAUCCCUCCGAGCGGGCUACAAUAGGCUGAUUACGGCAGAACCACUCGUUAUAUGCCGGCCAAACUCGGUUUCACAAAUCCAGACCAUCACAAAGACCGUUUCGAGCCUGGGCGUGCCGCUUGGCGUACGCUGUGGCGGUCAUGAUGUCUUUGGGCGCGGAUGCAUCGCCGACUCGGUGACCAUUGACAUGCGUGAGAUCGAUUCGCAAGACUUGGCUGAAGAAAAGAAGACAGUCACCGUGGGCGGGGGCAUUCUCAGCAAGAAUCUUGUUGGAUUUCUCGACUCUCAUGGACUUUGCACUUCCAACGGACUCGCUGCGGAAGUUGGCUGGACGUCUUGGGCAUCUUGGGGUGGCUAUGGUCCUCUUGGCGACUAUGUAGGCCUUGGAGUCGAUAAUAUUGUUGGCGCCAAGAUCGUCACAGCCACUGGUGACCUUGUUGAGGCCAGCGGAGAUGUUCUCUGGGCCCUGAGAGGGGCCGGCGGAAAUCUUGGCAUCAUCGUCGAGACCAAGGUCCAAGUCUAUCCUAUAACGAAGAUCCGAGCCGGUUUCAUGGUCUAUCCAUGGGAAGAGACGUCUAGAGUCCUCAAGGGUCUGCAAGAUCUACUGGACGCCGGUGUGCCCGACCAGCUUUGCGUGCAAGCGGGAUUUAGCAAGGGGGAUUGGGGCCUCGGUAUGGCCCUUACCUACAUCUGGCCUGAAGCCGAGACCAUAGGAACCCAAGGCCAAGAGUGGCUGCAGAAGCUGCAAGCUCUUGGCAGCGUGAUCGUCGAUACAAUCCACGAGACAACUUACAAGGACUUCCAAGCUUCUGUAUCUGACCAGAUCAGCGAGCCAGUGUAUGUGUCGACGCGACAUGUGAGCAUUGAGAAGUUCACGGAGAAGACCUUGGCACAGUUGACCAGUGUUUGUGAGGCGAUGCCAGAUGAGGCGUCAUGCACAAUCAGUGUCAAUAUCUUGCAUGGAAAGGCCAGCAGACCAAAUCCCGCUUCAUCUUUCGGGACUCGCAAGCCACACAUCAUGUGUCACAUCAACGCUGUCACCGAUGAUGCCUCAGCCGAGAGGAUUGGCGCCGAAUGGACUGAUAGCGUUGUCAAUGCUAUCAAUAGUACGGGCGAGAGCAUUGGCCCUACCUAUGUCAGCUUCAUGGAGUCGACUGACCGCGCUGAGGAUUGCUACGGCAGCAAUUGGGCAAGACUACGGGACGUCAAGAAGAGCGUCGACCCUCAAGAUGUUUUCAGGUAUUCACACGGUCGGAUUCCGGUUCAGUGA